AUCUCCCCCUGCAGGCCGUUCAUGGUGCUGCCGCCUCUGAUGGAGUGGGUGCGAGUGGCUGUGGUCCACACAGAGCACAGACGCAGCUUCUCUGUGGACAGCGACGACGUCCGGCAGGCUGCCAGGCUGCUGCUGCCCGGAGUGGACUGUGAACCUCGUCAGCUCCGAACGGAUGACUGCUUCUGUGCCUCAAGGAAACUGGAUGCUGCCUCGACCGAAGCAAAGUUCCUGCAGGAUCUGGGCUUCCGCAUGCUCAGCUGUGGACGCACGGACCUGGUGAAGCAGGCUGUGAACCUGCUGGGGCCUGAUGGCAUCAACAGCAUGAGCGAGCAGGGGAUGACCCCGCUGAUGUACGCGUGUGUCCGUGGAGACGAGGCCAUGGUGCAGAUGUUGCUGGAUGCAGGAGCGGAUAUCAACAGCGAGGUGCCAAACUCAGUGCACAAGCACCCCUCAGUGUUUCCCGAAACGCGGCAGGCGACGCCCCUCACUUUCGCUGUGUUACACGGACAUGUGCCCGUGGUGCAGCUGCUGCUGGACGCCAAAGCCAACGUGGAGGGCUCCCUGCAGGAUGGGAUGGAGAACUACACAGAGACCCCGCUGCAGCUGGCUGCGGCUGCAGGUAACUUUGAGCUGGUGAGUCUGCUGCUGGAGCGGGGGGCCGACCCCAUGGUGGGAACCAUGUACCGCAACGGCAUCUCCACCGCUCCGCAGGGAGACAUGAACUCGUACAGCCUGGCAGCAGCUCACGGACACAGAAACGUGUUCCGUAAGCUGCUGUCCCACACAGAGAAGGGGAAAGGGGAUGUUUUAUCGCUGGAGGAGAUUUUGGCCGAGGGAUCGGAGCUGGAAGGAAGGAGCUCGUCUCAGAUCGAUCUGAUCCGCGCCGGGAAGGCCAAGCUCAAAGCGCUGAAAGAAGCCAUGUACCACAGCUCAGAACACGGGCACGUAGACAUCACCAUCGACAUACGCAGCCUCGGUGUGCCGUGGACUCUGCACACCUGGUUGGAGUCUCUGCGGACGUGUUUCAGUCAGCACCGGCGACCUCUGAUCCAGGGUCUGCUCAAAGAGUUCAGCUGCAUCGAGGAGGAGGAGUACACCGAGGAGCUCAUCACACAUGGCCUGCCCCUCAUGUUCCAGAUCCUCAGAGCCAGCAAGAAUGAGGUGAUCAGCCAGCAGAUGUCCGCCAUCUUCACACAGUGUUACGGCCCGUACCCUAUCCCCAAACUGGCCGAGAUCAAGAGAAAGCCGGCAUCACGUCUGGAUCCUCACUUCCUGAACAACAAAGAUAUGUCGGACGUGACUUUCCUGGUGGAGGGGAAGCCUUUCUACGCCCACAAAGUCCUGCUCUUCACUGCCUCCAACAGGUUCAAAACUCUUCUAGCAAACCGACCUUGUGGUGAAAACACAUGCAUUGAAAUCAGCAAUGUCAAAUAUCAUAUCUUCCAGCUGGUGAUGCAGUAUCUCUACUUUGGAGGGACUGACGCUGUGCACAUCAGGAACACGGAUAUCAUGGAGCUCCUGUCUGCAGCCAAGUUCUUCCAGCUGGAGGCGCUGCAGAGGCACUGCGAGAUCAUCUGCUCCAAGAACAUCAACACUGAAACAUGUGUGGAGAUCUACAACCACACCAAGUUUCUGGAUGCUCCAGACUUGGCGUCAUACAUCGAGGGCUACUUCUUGAAAAACAUGGUGAUCCUGAUCGAGCUGGAGACGUUCAAACAGCUGCUGUACGACACUCCUCCGGACAGCCCGGGCUGCGACAUCCUGCACGCCCUUGAGAAAACGUUAGCCGGCCGCAUCCAGUCCAUCCACCUGUCGUCCUCCAAGGGAUCCAUCGUCUGAGCUCCUGGACGCACAGAGACGGAGAACACUCUCCAGAGACGUGACGCUGUACUGAGGGAAAAACCUGAGGGAGUGAAGGACAAAAAAUAAGACCAGAGGACGGUCAGUGAGGAUCUUUGUCUCUGUGCAGUCCAUCAGACGCUCACACGUCUCCUGUUAUCUCAUCACAGACUGUUGAUAUCUGUCAACUAUAAACAACAGUAAUAAACUGUCAUAAGAUAGCUGUUUGAUGCCAAAACAACCGUAACAGUGUAGGGUCAUCUGGUAGGAUCAGGGGAACCAGCGAUCAGCGUCUCUUCCUGUCUGCCUCAUGUUCUGAUUCUCUGCUCCAACAUGUGGACCUGUACAGAGUCACUGAUGUGUAUAUCUGUCAUUUAGCAUUAAAUGUGCUGAUUACUCUUAAAGCCAAACAGACGCACCACUGACACCAACCUGUAAUGUGAGCGAAGAAGAAGACGAAGACGAGGCUUUGGGCCGAGAGGCGGGACAAAGCGGGCUCUUCUUCCUCUGCUGAAGUGUAAAUAUUGUUCAUAUCCAAACAGAGCUAUUGAAGAUGUAAGUUAAUGUAUAUAUCCACAGAUGAUUUCUCAUGUGUCUUAUUGGAUAUGUCUGUACAAAGGUUUUUAAAUGUUGCAUGUCAGAGGGAUGACUGUUUCCUUUUGUUUCUGUUUAAAAUGUUGGAGGGAGGAGCUGCUUCACACCUCGGAGAGAAGCGAGGGUGUUGUUGUCAUCAGCAUGGGUCAGGUAGCGUGUAACAGUCCGUCAUGUGUGGGACCGGACCGGGCGCUGCGGGCCUGAACUGACCACACCAUGCUGUCAGCUUUUUGUGUUUCUUUCCAGAGGAUGUGAAACCAAUUAACUCGUCUGUGUGUGACUUGUUUAUGUUUCCUCUAUAAAGAUUAAUUUAACCAGUUCAUAAA